AGUUUGACUUUUCCAUUUGCCCAACUAACAAAUCCCCACUCUACCAUCACGCUCAACUUGGACCCAUAUAAUCGGCGCGCACCUCUCUCUCUCUCUCUCUCUCUCUUCUCUGUGUUCUUGAGAGGUGGAUUGUUCACAUACUUCCAAUUCUCAUGGAUUUUGAGGUUGAUGAUGAUGUCAAUGGUGAGGUGCUCGGUAACUCCAUUGAUGUUGAAGGCAGGGCUUAUAGUGAAAAUGGAAUGGGUGGAUGUUCUGUUGAUGUGGGCUGUGAUCUUUCUGCUAGGGGAAUGGUUCCAGUUGAGGAGCUCCAAGUCGUAAAUAGUUCUACUCCAGUAGAUGAGCCCUAUAUUGGCCAGGAGUUUGAAUCCGAAGCAGAAGCACAUGCCUUUUAUAACGCAUAUGCGACAAGAGUAGGUUUCAUUAUUCGAGUGAGCAAGCUCUCUCGUUCAAGACGAGAUGGAUCUACAAUAGGACGAGCGCUUGUUUGUAAUAGAGAGGGCUUUCGCACGGCUGACAAGCGUGAAAAAAUUGUACGACAAAGGUCUGAAACAAGAGUUGGUUGCAAAGCAAUGAUUUUAGUUAGAAAAGAAAGCUCUGGAAAAUGGGUUGUUACAAAGUUAGUAAAGGAGCACACUCAUCCUUUGAGUCCUGGCAAAGGUCGAAGGGACUUGAUCUAUGAACAAUAUCCGAAUGAACACGAUAAAGUUCGAGAACUGUCUCAACAGCUGGCCAUUGAGAGAAAAAGAACAGCAACAUAUAAAAGACAUCUAGAGAUGAUUUUUGAGCACAUUGAAGAUCACAAUCAGAGUCUCGCGAAGAAGAUACAAGGCGUAGUAGACAGUGUAAAGGAGAUGGAGUCCAAAGAACAAGAAAGUCAGAGAUAGUUUUUUAACAUUAUACUGCACUAGUUGUGCUAUGGAAUCGGAUUAUUUUGUGAUCGAAAAAAUCAAAAUGAGCACCUUGAGCAUUCUUCCAUUACUUGAUCGGAUUGUUUCCAUGUGAAACAACUGGUAACUAGUCAUUGGCUCUGUGUCAACGACUCAGGAAGAACUAGAAUUUUUUCAAGCUGAUGCGAUUCCCUGAACAGUGUCAGAGAAUGAUCACACAUUUUGUUAGCAAUGCAAUUCACACAAUUGUUUCUUGUAAAUGUUCUGAGGUGGUUUAACUAUCGCAUUGGAGUUGAUUUAGCCGUUUCAUCUCA